GGCAUUUUGGUAAGAAAAAAAUUGAAAACCAAUAUUUAUAUCUGUAAAGCCUUCGUUCAUGGACGUUUUAGAUACUGAUGAAUAAAUGGACAGACUACUCAGAUUAGGUGGUGGUAUGCCAGGACUCGGCCAGGGUGCCCCUCCAUCAGAUGCCCCUGCAGUAGACACACAAGAACAAGUUUAUAUAUCAUCUUUAGCUCUGUUGAAGAUGUUAAAGCAUGGUAGAGCUGGUGUUCCCAUGGAAGUUAUGGGUCUGAUGUUGGGAGAAUUUGUUGACGAUUACACAGUCAGAGUCAUUGAUGUGUUUGCUAUGCCUCAGUCAGGAACUGGUGUAAGUGUAGAAGCUGUAGAUCCAGUAUUCCAGGCCAAGAUGUUGGACAUGCUCAAACAAACAGGAAGGCCAGAAAUGGUAGUUGGUUGGUAUCACUCCCAUCCAGGAUUUGGUUGUUGGUUGUCUGGUGUAGAUAUUAAUACACAACAGAGUUUUGAGGCUCUGUCUGAGAGAGCUGUGGCUGUUGUGGUUGAUCCCAUUCAGUCUGUAAAGGGCAAGGUUGUAAUUGAUGCUUUUCGAUUAAUCAACCCAAACAUGAUGGUAUUAGGACAAGAACCAAGACAGACAACAUCAAAUUUAGGUCAUUUACAAAAACCAUCAAUUCAGGCAUUGAUUCAUGGACUCAAUAGACAUUACUACUCCAUUGCCAUCAACUAUAGAAAAAAUGAACUAGAACAGAAGAUGUUACUCAACCUACACAAGAAGAGUUGGGUAGAUGGCUUAUCUCUAGAAGAUUAUAAUACACAUUGUACUAAUAAUGAAAAGACUGUCAAAGAUAUGUUAGAGUUAGCAAAGAACUAUCACAAGGCUCUAGAAGAAGAAGAAAAGAUGACACCAGAGCAGUUGGCAAUAAAGAAUGUGGGAAAACUGGACCCCAAGAGACAUUUAGAAGAACAUGUAGAUGUACUUAUGACCAAGAAUAUUGUCCAGUGUCUAGGAGCAAUGUUACAUGCAGUAGUGUUCAAAUAAACUUUUCUGUUAUAUGUGUUUGAUCUGACAUAAAUUGUAAUUUAAAUAAAAUAUAUGAUAAAAAAAAUA